CUGCUUUCAAACACCAAAUCCUCUCCCUUUGUUCAAACCAACAACGUUUCCGGUAUAGAACUAUGCUUUCAGCGUUUACUUGCAAGUCGAUGGAACCGUUACAUCCAUCUCCGAAGUCAGUUCAUACUAUGUGCCAUGUACAGACUAAAGGGACUAUGGAAAUGUCAAGAUGCCCGUUUCAGCGUCUCUCCGUUCGAAGGCCCGAUAGCGUGCCACUUCCGGGGUCUUUCAUGCACACUACGAAAGGGGCCGCAGAGGCCAUAUAUCGUUCAAAGCGAGACAAUAAUGUCACUUAUAAGAUACUGCGGACAACACUCUUUCUAAUCAACCGUCACUUUCCUUGAAUCCAAGUUACCACAGUCUUCUCUACUUCUCAUCCAAGUCCCUCGUUUCAAGAUGAAGACUGCUGCUAUCUGGACGGCGUGUGUGUUGUCCUCCGUCGCUGCUUUUCCUUUGGCUAGUGAACAGGAGGCGGAUGUCCAUGCCUGGAAAGCGCCUGGGUCGACUGAUCGCCGCUCUCCCUGCCCAAUGGUUAACACCUUAGCCAACCACGGCUAUCUCCCGCGCAACGGUGUCAAUGUCUCCAUGGCCGACCUCAUAGUUGGUCUGGGAGAUGGCGUCCACCUCGCCGAAGCAGCGACCAGGCUCGUCGGCGCAAAGGCCCUGACUGCAUCCACGACCGGCAACUCCUCGACUUUCAAUCUCGAUGACAUCAACAAGCACGGCAUCAUCGAGCACGACGGCAGUCUGUCCCGCGCCGACAUCUUCACUGGCGACAACUACCACUUCAAGCCCGCGAUCUGGGCACACACAAGCUCCUACUUCAACGAGUCCACCAUUCCCAUUAGCACCGCUGCAACGGCCCGCAAGGCACGUCUCGCAGCCGCCCAGGCAGUGAACCCUGAGUGGAACUUCACCGCGACGGAUGCCCAGAACUCGAUGAUUGAGACGGCGCUGUACCUUAGCGUUAUGGCCAACGGGACGACGGGCGCAGCUAUCACGGGUGUGAAGAAGUGGGUUAACGUGCUGUUCAGGGAGGAGAGGCUGCCGAUCAAGGAGGGGUGGACAAGGCCUGAGAGUGAGAUUACGGUCGCGGGGCUGUUGCAGCUUGUGGGGUUGAUCGCGGCGGCGUCUGCGUAAAGUCGUUGUAUAAAGACUAGUUCCUAAUUCGUUGUAUGUGUGGGGAUGUGACAUUUGAAAUAUGGGAGGAUAUGGGGCAAUUUAUAUAUCAGAACCAUGAUA